AUGUCGCAGAAGAUCGGGGCCGCGUGCGCCGACAAGGGCGUGGAGUUCCUGGACGCGCCGGUAAGCGGUGGCGAGCCGGGAGCCAUCGCGGGGACCCUGGCCGUCAUGGUCGGCGGCGAUACGGCGGUUUUCGACCAGUGUGAGGCGCUGCUGCAGGUUAUGGGCGGCAACGUGGUGCUCACGGGGGACGUGGGCGCUGGCAACAUCACGAAACUGGCGAACCAGAUCAUCGUGGCGGCGAACAUCGAGGCGCUGAGCGAGGCCAUGGUCCUGUCGCAGAAGGCGGGAGUGGACCCGGAGCGGGUGUUCAACGCCAUACGGGGCGGGCUGGCCGGCAGCGCGGUCAUGGAGGCCAAGGGGCCGAUGAUGCUGGACCGGAACUUCCGCGCCGGCUUCCGCAUCCGCCUGCACCAGAAAGACCUGCGCAACGUGCUGCAGACGGCCACCGAGUUGAACGUGCCGCUCCCGGUGACGGCGCUGGUACAGCAGAUGCUGGGUUCGCUGAUGAACGAUGGCGAACAGGACUCCGAUCACUCGGCCAUUCUGCACUUCAUCGAGAAGAUGGCCGACGUCGAGGUGAAGCGCGGCGGAUAG